CCCCCGCCCCCCCCGAGCCGUCGCACAGUAGCUCAUAGCUUUUUUUUCCCUUUUUUUUUUUUUUGCUUGUUUGCGAGCCGAGAGAAGAAAAAGUAAGAGGCUGUUAAAAGACGAAAAGUAAGAGAAGAAGUCAGCGGCUGGUCAUUUACAUUCGCUCAUCAGCAGGAUUGACAGCAGGUGUGAAUUCAUGUCUGUAUAUUCCCCGCAGAUCUACUGCCCAGUGUUUGUGCCCGGCCGAGAUAUGACUGAGGUGAUGAUCAACAGCACCCCCAUGGAGGACAUGAGGCUCAGCCCCAGCAAGGACAGACUCUCCUUCCAGAUAUUCCCCGACCCGUCAGACUUUGACCGUUGCUGUAAGCUCAAAGAUCGCCUGCCAUCCAUCGUGGUUGAGCCGACGGAGGGAGAGGUUGAGAGCGGCGAGCUCCGCUGGCCCCCGGAGGAGUUUCUGGUCAGCGAAGAAGAGGAGGAGGAGGAAGAAGAGGAAGAGGAGCAGAAUAAUGGCAGUAUCCCAAAUGGACAGCCGAUGCAGAAUUCUCAGCGCUAGAGGCUGUGUCGCAGCACCCAUACUUUUCUUUUCUGUCUGACUCUACCCCUUUUCCACACUGGUUCCACUGCACCGCGGCACUCCGACAGACUCGACUGGCAGAAGCACAUCCAGUGUCUUGUGACGCCAUCUCGUUACCCUCGACACCAAAGCAUCACUCCCACAAGACAAAGCAAUACACACUUUUUUUUUUUUUUCUCAUAAGAUGAUUCACCCUUCUGGAUCGAAAACGCAUCAAAACGGGCCUGAAAAGAACGAACACGCACACCUCUAAACCUUCACUUUCCUACCAUGCCCAUCACCACGUGUGUCUCGGCCCAGAGCGGAUGUCCUGUCAGACAGCGGCAGCUCAGUGCUCCAUGGACAGCUCCUGCACAGCGGGGGGGCCACGGCUGCUCUGUACUUUUACUCCAAAAAAUGGCUGGCGUCAUGACCCCAGAGACUUCAUACUCGCAUACAGAACUAUUGUGCUACCCGUGGGGAUUAUCGUCUACAGUGCACCGUCCACACCUGUGUUCAGUUUCUGGAUUGAUAUGUUGAAUAUUUGUGAUUGCCACUGCUGUUUAUAGAUUUGUGGGUUUCUGGGAAGUGAAUGUUUUGUGAUUUGUCUAUUUUUGUUUUUGAAGAAGAAGUUGGUGUUCUGUGUAGAAAUGUUACUGGGAUCCCCCCCCCCCAUACACACACAAUACAGGUGACAAUACAUUAGGCACACCGGGAAUAAUUUUGGAGAAGUGAAGAGAAAGCGAAAGGGGAAAAAAAUAGACCAGCAUGCUCUGCUAUGCUUACGAGAUAACUUCACUGUACAAAGGCUUGUUUUGCAGGCAUGCUCCUCAUCACAUCGGCCUCUGUAAUCCUUUUUAUCAAACAAUACUUGUAUGACAGUAACAUUGAGAACUAAAUGUGACUUGAGCAGAAGGGCAAAGCUAAGUAAGGUCUGUAAUUUUAUGAAAAAAGGCAGGUGGUACAGCAAUGUACAAACCCAAUGAAGGAUGUGUAAAUACUUGUUCCCAGUGAAGCCAACCCCUCGAGGCCUUGUUAGCGCUCUGAUCUUGGUUUGUACAUUGGGUUUGGUUUAAUCUCUUUAGAAAGACAAAGACUGAGAAUCGCUCUGAGCUGUACCACACCCGAACUGAAAGUCUUUCCUCGUCUUCCUGUUCUCUUUGUUUGUUUUUUAAAACAGCCAUACUUACAACACCGUGAAGUUCAGGACACAAUGAAUUGACACUGUAGCGGAGAGCUCACAAAUAAGUUAGACAGUAUAUUUUAAACUCCUCAUUCACAGCACGAGUUAGUCCUGAUGUUUGCCAAAAAAAAAAAAAAAAAGCUCUUUAUGGGAAAUCUUAACUGUUCUCUGGUGUAAACGUUUGUCAUUUCUGUUUUCGUAUUGCAAUUACAAAACUUGGUGUUCUCGUUUUUGGUUCACUCUUCAGAUCACCGCUUAUUGUUUGUAGAACAAGUGUUGUCAGUCAAUCUGUGGAAAAAAAAAAAGUUCACUUUCUUGUCUGCAAUAUGAAAUACUGUUGUACAAGCAUGACUGAGAUGUGUUCUUUGUUAUUUCUCAUGUUGAGUGGCAUUAGGGCUGUGUACAGAACAUCUCUCUCUUUCUCCUGUCUGUCACCUACAGGUCCCACGUUGUUUUUGUAAAGCUCAGGGAGAUUAGCCGCCAUCCUUUUUUUUUUUUUUUUUUGUAUUUAGACCACUUUUUUUUCUCUGACAGUUAACAGAGUCUGUAAAUAAACAUUUGAAUUUGCUAUCCAA